UCGAAUGACAACUGACAUGUGUUCUCGCUGAAAGGCAUUUUCUUAUUUCGAAGUACAGCAACAGCCAGUGAAGUGUUGUACAUACUACAUUGCUACCACGAUUUUAGAUACACGGAAUAUUUUAAAUCAUAACUACUACACUGAACAUAUAGAUAGUAUUUUCAUGUAUAUGUAUUCGCUUAUUAUCUAAGACUGUAUAACCGUUUGGCUUAUCAGUUAUUUUAUUAUUAUAUGAAAAUAAAUAACAAUAUAAAUAUUAAAUUACAAUAAUUGCUCCGAUUUGGAAGACCAUUAAUAAAUUAAAAAGAAUUCGAACAAAGAUGGUCGAUAGAAGUGGCAGUGGCCGUUUACGACUGGUUAUAUGUGGUGCAUGUCAGAUGAAACAGUAGUAUUAUUUAAUGUAUGGUCGUGCGCCACCGUCAUUUGUUCUAAAAUCUUGCUCGUAAGUCAUAUGAAAACCUCGCGUGCUAUUGCCAUUAACUGGCUAACAAAAAUUUGUUAUUUACGAGUGACAGUGAUAAGUAUUUUAGUAGUGAUUGGUACUUCUUAGUAAAGAGGUCAGAUUACCUGUCGGUGGAUGGAUUAUUUUGCAGAUCCGUUGGCUAUGAUCUCCGAUUCUCCAAAGUCUCGAGACUGGUGGCCAGAUCUAGAAGACUUACGACUUUCGAGUACUGCUGUGGUUGUUCUAAAUACGAGCAUUGAGAAUCCACCAAAGCUGGUGCGGCAUCUAUGGAAUAACUCCUGGCUCCGAGUAACUGUUGAUGGCGGCACCAACCAAUGGCAUAGUUUUGUCAAACAAAAUUCAUUUGAUGACUUAAAAUUCCCCGACCUCAUAACUGGUGAUCUGGAUUCGGCCAACCCUGCUGUCGUUGAACAGUUUGUAUCUAUGGGUUCAAAAAUCAUUCCCACACCCAGUCAGGAUGAGACAGACUUUACCAAAGCACUUAAGGAGGUUAAGAAAUAUUCAUCAAAAAAUUGUAAAUCAAUAGAUUCUAUUAUUGUUAUGGUAAACAUGUGUCAUAGGGUCGAUCAUUUCUUGUCAAAUUUAAACACUUUGUACAAGUCUAAGACCCAAGACCUUUAUUUCGAUGAAGACAUAUACCUUCUGGGAAGAAAUUCAUUGACCUGGUUGCUCCAGGCCGGUACACAUCGUAUUCAUGUUCCUCAGGCCCUAAGGUUUCACCCAGAAAACAAUUAUGUAGGCUUUUUUCCAAUGGGUUCAGCAUGCAAUGAAUGUACAACUACAGGACUUAAAUGGAAUUUAAAUGGAAAACUUAUGGAAAUGGGAGGACUUACCAGUAGUAGUAAUACAUUCAAUGGAGAACCAAUUGUCACAAUCACCAACAGUUCUUCAUUAUUAUGGACAAUGACUAUGGGUUAUGAAGAAAGUUUCUAAACCAAGAAGAAUAUUGUUAGAUUGGUAUAUUUUAUUCCAAAUUAAAAUUCCAUCCUUAUCGCCUGGCCACUUGUUAUUUACUCGCACAAGAAUAAUUGUUUAUUUUAUCAUCUGCACUGUCUCUAUGACUGUAAUAAAAUUUAGUAUAUAUUUGAACCAAUGUGUCU